AUCUAAAAACCUUAAUUAACUCCAACAAGUCUCAGAAGCAAAACGACACACACAAACAAAAGAAAUGGCUUGUGUUUGUGUUUCAAUGGCUUUGCCUCUUCGAUCCACCAAAACCCUUCCAUCCUCAUCAGAAGCCUUCUUGAAGAGGAGUGUGGUUAAGAGUUCUUCAUCAGAGGCAAAAGCACCGAAUAGCAUUGAAGCGUUGUCUUUGAAGGAAAAAGCAGUGAAGGGUCUCACAGCUGCAGCGUUAACGUCCUACGUGGUGAUGCCAGAAGUGGCUCAUGCAGCUGGAAACGACUUCUCACCUUCCCUCAAAAACUUUCUCCUCAGCAUUGCCGCUGGUGGAGUUGUGCUCGUAGCAAUAUUGGGUGCUGUCAUUGGAGUUUCCAACUUUGAUCCAGUUAAGAGAACUUGAAUAAGUGCUCUUUUAAUUUGCUCUCCUUUCACUGUUUCAACAUUUCCAUGUAGUUUGUGAAACUGUUUAUGAUACAUUAUUUGCUAUAUGUUUGUCUAUAUCGCAAUCCAACAUCAUGUGACUUUGGACGACCAAGGUUUUCUGUAGCACUGUGUACUGUUUAUUGCGUACGUGUCUUGGAUGUGAGAAGUUGAAGAAACUUGGGAUUUCUUUA